AUAUUAAUCGAUAAACCAUUUUUAUAAACUCAUAUACAGUGUAGAGAGAGAGAGAGAGCAAUGGAAGAAGCGAAAGGAGUGGUAAAGCAUGUGUUGUUAGCAAAGUUCAAAGAGGGAACUUCAGAUGAUCAGAUUCAACAACUUAUCAAGGGCUAUGCCAAUCUCCUCAAUCUCAUUCCAUCCAUGAAAUCCUUCCACUGGGGAAAAGAUGUGAGCAUUGAGAAUCUGCAUCAAGGGUUCACUCACAUAUUUGAAUCAACCUUUGAGAACACAGAGGGUGUUGCUGAGUAUGUAGCUCAUCCUGCCCAUGUUGAAUUUGCAAAUGUUUUCCUUUCAAAUUUAGACAAAGUUGUUGUUUUUGACUACAAACCCACCACAGUACUUCUUCCCUAAACCCCCAAAGAAAAAGAAAAAAACCAAAUCUUGUGGUUGUAUUGAUGAUGUUUGCUCUUAUUACUUUUGAUAUUCAAUAAUGGGAAGUGAAUGUUAUAUUGAUCCCUUUUUUGUGUUUUUGGUGAAUAUGAAUGCUAGCUAUUUGAGUUGUGCUU